CCACAGCGUAGCGCAGGUUCAGCGAGUCUUCAUCGACGAACACCCCAUACAGAUCCACAAUGGCGAGCGCAAUGAGGACCGUCCUGAGAAGGGGUUAUGCGACAGCUAAAGAUGUCAAGCCCCCUAUCCAGCUCAACUCUUUGACGGGAACUUAUGCUACUUCUGCCUACGUCGCCGCCUUGAAGAAGUCUUCCAAGGACUUGGAGCAGUUGGCGAAGGAUGUUGAGUCUUUUGACAAGAAGAUGAAGUCGGACAGCAAAAUCGAUGCUUUCGUCCGCAAUCCUACCCUGUCAUCCACAGAACGAUCCCUCGUCCUCAAGGAGCUUGUCGGCUCUUCCUCCUCUCCUAUGCUUCUCAACCUCCUCACUGUCCUCUCUGAAAAUGGACGUCUGGCCUCGGCGCCAAAGGUUUUUGACGACUUUGGAAGUCUGAUGGCCGCUUACCGCGGAGAACUGGAGGUCAUUGUCACUUCUGCCGAGCCCUUGGACAGCUCUGCCAUGUCUAGGUUGGACAAGGCUCUGAAAGCCACGGAGAUUGCAAAGGGAAAGAAGAUUAAGAUCCAGAACAAGGUCAAUCCCGCUGUUCUCGGUGGCCUAGUCGUCGACUUUGGUGACAAGACAAUCGACCUGUCCGCCUCAUCGAAAGUCAACCGCUUCAACGCUGCUCUUGCUCAGGGUGUGUAAGAUGGGUGAAAUGGUGCGAGACAAAAUUGCAUGCAACCAUUAGAAUUGGCU